ACACAAAGAAUCACCUAGCACAAAAAGUAGCAAACAUUGUGAAAAAUGUACCAACCCAGAGAGGGAGCUCAUACACAGUUUCCUGGAGGAAGUGUCAACAGCAACAGAAGCUCCAGGCUUCCUAUGGCAGGAGUGGGAGUAAAGAUGGCAGCUUUGGGUGGGGAGCACUGUGAGGGUGGGCCUGAAGUUACAUCACAGAAGACUUUGCUAAGGCUGAGUAGCAAUCCACUGCCUACAUCAGAGCAUGGGGUUAGGAUGGAGACUGGGGGUGACUGUCUCCCAAGUCUUCUCCUCAUGUGGUGUAGAAAUGGGUGCACACCCCUGAUUUUCUAACUUCUCAUCUUGGGCAAAAGAUGGGGAGGUUCUUGGUAGUAGAAGCCCAUGGUAAGGGCUUUUGCCAUCUGCCAGGGGAGAGGGGAAGAGGGCCUGACCCCAGGCAGGUGCAAGCCCUAUGCAGGAGGAGGAUGCAGAAACGGCAGAUGAGUAGGAUGCCAUUUACCUGGAGACUGACUGGAUGCAGCUGCCCAUCUGAGCAUAGUGAAUGGCAUUUGAGCCUGAAUCUGGCUCUCUGGCACCUGGGCAGGUGGGGCGAUGGGAUGGAAGCAGCCACCUGUGCCCUUUGUGAAAAGCACCCCAAUGACUGUAUGGCUUGGCCUCUCCUCUGCCCUCUUUCUGCCUGCUCUCCCCAACCCCCAGCCUGCGGCGUCUGGCUGGGCCGUGUGCAGGGCGUCUGGCCCCAGGGAGAGGUGGGGUGAGCUGCGGUUCACACCUACAUGGCUAUAAAUAGGGAGCCUCCAGCGGCUGCUGCUCAGCCUCCCUGCCCCAGCCAAGACAGCACCAGAGCCCCUUGCUCACUUCCUUGCACUUGGACCAUGGACCCUGGAGAAUGCACCUGCAUGUCUGGAGGAAUCUGCAUCUGUGGAGACAACUGCAAAUGCACAACUUGUAGCUGUAAAACAUGUCGGAAAAGCUGCUGUCCCUGCUGCCCGCCAGGCUGUGCCAAGUGUGCCCGAGGAUGCAUCUGCAAAGGGGGCUCAGACAAGUGCAGCUGCUGUGCCUGAGAUGCCUCCACUGUGCUGGGAGAGAGGCCUGCAAACCAUCUGUACAGUGCAAAAGUUGAAAAUUGGAGCGAUUGUACCAUAGGUUGUACUUUUUAUAUAUUUGCCCCAAAGUGGUGUUGGUGACAGUCAUAUAAAGUGUUUGCCACAAUAAAGUUUUCA